ACUUAGAUGAAAGCUUCUAGCUCUCUGUGAUCACUUUGUUUUAACUUCAAAUUCCUCUUGACAUUCACGUAAAAUGCAAUAAACUCAAAAUUACAAGUUAUUUUCAACAGAAACUCAGCAAUGUCUUAUACGAAGAAUCGACAAGAGCUUAAAUGUAAAUUUAUGUCGUGUCCAUGCCAGAAGUGUGUAAGUGAGCGUGCGGAUCGUUUAGCAGCCGGCUUAAAUCCAGCUUUAUGUGAUGUGCCGCCUGAAAGACCCGCAUGCAAAUACACACAAAUGCAGGAGAACAAAGACUGCUGCAAACCACAUUCGAGUACAUGCACUAUUGGACCGAGGUAUAGGCGGAAAUAUCGAGGGCCGGCUAGACAGCAGCGUAAAGCAGAUACCGACGAAGUCAAGAAGAACACCAGCGAUGAUUGCAACAGUGGCAAAGGUUGUUGCAACCUUUAUGGCAACUUUACUGCGUUCAUGAUUCACGUGAUCAGUUUCAUGGCUUUCACGUUGGUAGCGCUUUUAUCAUUCGAACAGGAAAACGCAAAUGUUGGUUGGGAGUAUGAUCGCUCUUUUACUUCUAGCCAUCAUUUGCACCUAUUUAACGACCGAUAGUGAAAGCACGGAGGAGAGUUCCCGAACCCACGUCGUGUGAAGGCUUCAAUUGUGCCACUGCGAUGAUGAAGGAGUGUACUGACGACCAGGCCAGUGAAAUAUACAGGCAAUCUAAGCGGCAUGCAAAACCAAUUAAUAAGAAACAGCCGCC